AUGGACAUGGUGAGCAACAAUACUCAGGGAGAAGACUCUGAUGAAGAAGACGUGUUUGCUAUCAGCGACAAAUGGACCUUUGAGUGGAGCAGCCGGCGUUGGUCCAGAUUACAGGACAUUGACUGUCUGCUUCAAAACCACAGAGAGGGUCAGACUUUCAGGGACGGCGUUCCUCUCAGAACCACAACAAGCAGCGAGAGUGUUCUGACGGACCUUAGUGAGCCGGAGGUCUCCUCUUUGCACAGUGAAAGCAGUGGGGGCAGCGCUCACAGAGGACUCAGCACGGAGGACUCUGACUGCUCCAACCGAACUGAUUCUGCAGCUAUGCCAGACUCUACUUCUCUCACAAUGCCUCAUAUCCCUCCCAAUUUUUCUCACUAUGGCUCUUUACCUAACAAACACAGCAAGACGAGUCGCGCACGUGCCAAAGACUUCUUGAAACGCAUGGAGACACUUGGGUCCAAAGGAACCUUAGGAAAGAGUCAGAAGUUGGUCAUCAGCGCCCCUGUGAUGCAACAGGAAGCCCAGGCCCUUAAAACUCUACGGUGCGUCGAGAUCAUCAAUGGAGCUCCAGAACCACCAUCAAGCAAACUUUCCCCACCUCAGUCCAGCAGUGAGGGCAGCAGCCAUUCUGGUGGCAGCACGGUCAGCACUCCCAGCCUGAAAGAACGAAAGCCUCACAGUGCCGACCACAAGCGGGGCGGCAUGUAUCUGGAGGACGUAGACAUCUUUACAGGUACCGACAUGAGCAAAGUCACAGAGCAAAACCGAAAAAAUGACUUCUGCUCCUAUGAAGACCUUGUGGUCCACAUUCCUAAAGACCAUAAACCGGGAACCUUUCCCAAAGCACUAUCCAUAGAAAGCUUGUCCCCAACCAAUGGAACUACUAUUAACUGGCAUACUGGCAGCAUGCACCUGGACUCCACACUGAUUUCAUGCAGGAAGGAGUCCAAACGUCCAACCCAGUGCUCCUCCAGAGGCAGCCGAGUCAGCAUUUAUGAUAACGUUCCUGGCUCUCAUCUGUAUGCCAGCACUGGAGAUCUGAUGGAUCUGGAGAAGGAGGACCUGUUUUCACACCUGGAUGAUAUCCUGCUGCAUGUCAAUGGUCUACAGCAGAUAGUGGAUCAUUGGUCCAAAAAUGUUUUACCUGGAGGAGAAGGCCUCAUCCAGGGAGACAGUGAGAGGGAAGAAGCAGGUUGUAUGCAGUCUGCCAGUCAGAUCACUUUAGACUUUGAAGGAAAUUCCGUUGCAGAAAGUCAGACCACGCCGACUGAUGUAGACCGUGACAAAGUCUCAUUAGUUGAGGCAGAAUCUGCAACACUCAGAGAGAGAAGAGAUUCAGGAGUUGGUGCUUCUCUUACAAGACCUAAAAG